AUGCCGCUCGAUUACCAGUCAGAAGAUGCGACCACUUCUUCUCGGAAUGGAAUUCCUAACGGUGCUCUGACGGUGAGCCUUUUUCUUGUGAAAAAAAAAAUUAUUCUUCGUUCUUUGCAGGUGUUGAUAAUCGCCGCUAUCGCAAUAGUCUCCGUUGUUAUCACCCUUUUCUGCAUGUUGGUCAACAACCGACGAAGCGCACGAAUAAGACAGCGAACACAGGUAUCGUCUAUCAGAAUCCUUUUCCGUUCUCAUGUUAAACUUGUUUUCAGCGACAAAGUGCGCCUGCAGUACUGCGGCUCUCACAACCAUCGGCAUUGUCUUCUCCAACAGACGCUGUGAGGCCUGCGAACUACCCGCCCUUGUACAUUGUAUCUCCUUCGUAUGAUCCUAAAUUCGACGCUCCUCCAUCUUACGAGGAUGCCGUUCGAGCAAUGGUUCAGAACGGAUCAAACGGGCAGAUCUCAGUGCUUGCCACUCCGAACAUCAACGAAACGGUCAUCACUGUGAGAUAUUAUUCAUUUUUGAGAUGUUUCUCUUAGUUAGUUCUUAAAAAUGAUAGUUGAAACACCACAAAGUCCGUUCAGUUAUUGUAGUGCUACCUAAUCAGCAAACAAUUGGGGGCAAGAACAUUAUAGGGUACUGGGCUACUACCAGAACCCAUUUGCUCUUUGCUUUCGAUUCCGUCGAACUUUCACUCGAAAAGAGUCAAACAAAAACCGUGUAAACUGUGCAAAAACAAAGUUCAUCGCGCAAACUAAGUCGUUGUAGUCUGUGCCAAAGUGUGCCCAACUCUGUUUACAUUUCCUACUUCAGAUCCCCGAGCACACUCCGUCCACCUCAUCCAUCGCCGAUCCAGAAGCAGCCGCUCAGAUCGACGUGGAAAUGACGCACGCCCAUCUUCCAACGACGUCGACUGCCGUGACCGUCUGA